UUUACUAUAUAGUUACUACAACAGGCUUGUCACUGAAAAAUUGUAGUUAUAAUUGAUUACGGAGUAUGGACUACCGAAUACCGAUCACGGAAGUUCUUGUUGUCACUUAUAAAUUAUAAUUAUAAAUUGUCACUUGUCAGUCGUUGUGAUAGAUAACGCGUUGUAUUUCACUGUAGUCUUAUCAUAAUUAAUAUUCUAGAUUCUUCGAUUUCGAUGACGCAAUUUUAGUAUAAAUCGUAUUUAUUUACGUUUUUGUAUUUUAUAUAAACUGAGUCCGGGUCGCGUGAAUCGGUGAAUCAUUCAACAGACGACACGACACACGAGUAGUCGAGUAAAUCAAUUGUAAUAUUCCGAUAUUCCUGCGAUUGUCGAGACAAGCGCACAGACGAAAAUUUUUCACGUUGGUCUGAUCGUCCAUCCGUUACGCACUUGCGCAUCGUUAUCUCCUUGCACACAGCUAUAUACUAUAUAGAUACCUAUAAAUCAGUCUUCGUUAAAUACUCUUAAGUGUCGCUCUAAAAUACUAUAAAAAUAAAAUACUCGUAAACGCAGUGUUGUAGUGAGCAUUAUCGAAUAAAAUACGCAGACGACCAGUUAGCAAUUACAUAACCGUUGCUUGUACCUUUACGGAUUCACGAAGACAGCAGAUUAGUUGGACCAGUGUAUAAAUAACAUUCACAAUGAGUACAUGGCAACAAACGCAAACUCCAUACGGAUCAGGAGCUGCUCCACCACCGCCUGGAUUUUUUCCCCAAGGUGCACCAUACCCAAAAGCUGAUGGAGGUUAUCCUGCUGCUGGAGGUUAUCCUGCUGCUGGUGGUUAUCCUGCUGCUGGUGGUUAUCCUGCUGCUGGUGGUUAUCCUGGUGGUGGUGGAUAUCCUUCUGGUGGUGGAUAUCCUCCUCCAUAUGCCCAACAAAAUAUGCCUUAUUAUGGAACAGGAGUACCAGAUAAUUCUCAAAAUAAUAGUUUCAAUGCACCCGAAAACUUUGGCUUUAGCGAUAAAACUAUACGUAAAAACUUCAUAUGUAAAGUGUAUAGCAUUUUGAUGUGUCAGCUACUAGUCACAUUAAUAUUUGUGGCUAUGGCAACUCUUCAUGAUGCCACCAGACUUUACGUAAAAUCACAUCCUGGGCUAAGUAUCAUUGCAAUUAUCAUUACUUUCGGUACUUUAAUUGCCCUCGCAUGCUGUGAAGAUUUACGUCGCAAGAGUCCUACCAACUUUAUUCUUUUGGCUGUAUUCACCUUAGCUGAAUCAUUUUUAUUAGCAGUGUCAGUGUCACGUUAUUAUCCGGAACAAGUGAUGUUGGCUCUUGGCUUAACUACAUUGAUAUGUUUUGCUCUUACAAUAUUUGCUUUUCAGACUAAAAUAGAUUUUACAGUAAUGGGUGGUUUUCUAACAGUAGCUGUAAUAGUUUUACUGGUUGCAUCUAUUGUUGCUAUAUUUUUUCCUGGAAAAUUGAUGACUCUCAUAAUUGCAUCUGCGGGUGCAAUCAUAUUUUCUUUAUAUCUUAUUUAUGACACCCAAAUGAUGGUCGGUGGUGAUCAUAAGUAUUCAAUCUCUCCAGAAGAAUAUAUAUUUGCAGCAUUAACCAUUUAUGUAGACAUAAUUAACAUUUUCAUGUAUAUAUUAGCCAUUAUUGGAGCUUCUAGCGAUGAUUAAACAUUUUAUGUAUAAAGAUAUAAUAAAACUGUUGUUUAUUUAAAUUAAAGAUGUAGAUUAUUAUUAUUCCUUUUAGCUUUAAUUUUUCUGAUUAAAUGCAGUUAUUCUGUUAUUUUGUGUUCAGCGAGUCAGUUUUAUAUAUAUUUAAUAUUUACUCACUUAUUCUCACUAAAUA